AUGCAAGAACAAAGUGACAAGAAUGUCAGCAAGAAGCAGCCUGGUGAUAAAAUUGCAGGUGGUCUACGUAAAAGAAAAGUUAUAAUACUGAAAGAGAAUCUAGACAUUAUAAAGUGUUUUGAGCGUAAUGAGAGAAUAUGUGAUAUAGUUCACAUAACAGGAGUAAAGGAGUUUGCCUUAUGCACCAUUAGAGGCAAGGCAGAAAAGAUUAAAGCAAGCUCUAUUGCUGGAACUAGUCUGAAUGCUAGCAAAUCUCUGUAUGUAACAUCCAGCAAAGACACUGCAAUGAUUCCAUCUGCUCUUAUCUCACUAGCAAUCAGAGAGGAAGCAAGCAACGAGCAUUCCUGUGCUUCAUCUAUUUGUUUACAGCAUGUCCAGCCUGGACACUCCCAUCAAUUAUUAAGAAAUCCAAAUGUUAAAACACUACACACAUCACUGUCAAAAAUGCCAGUUGAGUAUAGCAUUUUGGACUCCACUAUGCAUUGGAGAAAAGGUAGAAUCUUAACAAAAUCCAGGAAAGGGUUUUCCUCCAUUACAAUUACAGCCCGAAAAUUGAUGGGCCCAGUUAACAAUACUUCCAAACAAACUGUUAGCGCUUCUACUGAUGAGAAAAAAGCAACAGCACGUGACAGAUCUGUGAAAGUUCUGAAAAAUUUCAAGAGUUCUGAAGGCAUUAUGCACGUUCAUUCCCGCACAGAUAAUGUCAAUGAAUUUCUUUGUGAUGGAUAUACAGUUGCAGUGAAAUGUUCUGAGCCUCACUCAGUAUUACAUUCAACAGAAGACAGGCCCGGUUCUUUAAAAAUUGAUAGCAGGCAUCCCGAAAUCUUGCUGCUCAGCAACAAUGGUAACAAAACCCACCAUCUUGCACAGCAGUUUCAGUCAGUUGUAUCCUUUUCACAUUUUGAAGUUCAACCACAAUGCUUCAAGAGUGCGUAUUAUUUAGACAAAUCUUUUUUGGUUGAUUUUUGCUCUCUUACAAACAAUGGAUUAAAACAGAAAACAACUUUAUCCUUCAAGCUAAAUUGCACUUCUUCCAUAUCAUCAGCAGAUGGUGGCAAUGGCACAGUUAAACUCAUUCCAUUCAUAGAAAACCCAAAACAAAAAGUUGAUUUGGAUCAGAAAACAUUGGAUGUAUCCCUGACAGACAAUGACUGCAUUCAGGAACAAAUAUCAACUGCUCAGAAAGAUUGUAAAACUAUAUACCAAUGUAAUGGACAUGUGCAUUCUGCUAUAAAAGAUGCUCCAAGUCUACCUGAAGGGUCUGCUCAUUUCUGUUUAUUCCUUCCAAGUAUGAAAAAAGGAACUAAGUAUGCUAGACUCGAUCAGAACUAUAACUGUCAUCACCAAAAAAUGCAACAUUCCUUCUCUGAGAUUGUUACAGAAACAGAUGAUAUAACACUUCAAAAAAAUCAUGUUGCUUUAAUUGGAAAGAGGAAAGACAGUGUGAAACAAGGAGGACACAAAUCCACCUUCAGAAUGAUAGCAAAGUCUGCAACAGGAUCUCCCACUCUACAUCAAGGUGAAAACAAUAAAGUUAGCCAGUCGCAGCUCAACACUGAGUGUGAGAAAACCACAUUGCAACUACUCACAUUGCGG